AUCUUUUCCGGGUUUUCCGCGGUUUCCGCGGAAUAAACUCUGUCAGGGGAAUUAAUCGGAAUGUAGCCACCAAAUGACACAUUGGCGGGAAGCUGGUUCAUAGACCUGUGAAUGAUCCAGGUCGGUUUAAAACAUGAAGCGCGGCAGAUACCAGCCACCACUCAGAAGUGAGGGGAAUGAAUUUUCUUUGCGCAUGAAACCUCCAAGGAUUGAACAUUUUCAGGCUGGAGCUAGCAAUGGCUGUAGUGAGGAGAGGAAUGUACAAAAAAGUAAAGCAAAAAGAGUUGAGUUCAACAAAUCAGAUGUCAAAAUGGUACCAACUGAUGAUAAAAACGAAACGUCAGAUGUAGAAAUGAGAUCGGGUCAUACACCUGGUUGCGCUGAUAACAUGUUGGACUUCAGGGAAUCACAGCAUAGAAACUCUAAAAGGAAGACACUGUGUAAUGGAUGUAUAGUUUGGGGAAAGUUUCUUAAAACUUGGUUACCAGGAGUGAUAUUUCCAGGACCAAUGGCUGGUCAGAAACCUGCAAAGCCAGGCUGGACAUGGCUGAUAUGGUUGCAAGACUUAAAGAUAACUCUAAUGGGACUCGGCCAAGUAGUGCAGUUUGCUGAUGGAUUUAGGCAGAAUACUACACACAAGCUUUCUUCAGCAAAUGAAAUAGCCAUAGUCAAAGCACUUCAGAUUUGUGCUGACCGAGCUGGGAUACCCGUGACAGGAUUUGAAAAUGUGAAGAGGUGGGGUCUGUUAGAUGGGGGUUUUCUCAAACUUGUUGAAUCUGCUGAAAAAGGAACAGACCUUUUUACACCCAAAACAGGAUCAGAGUUUCCCUCCUACAUUUUAAUUGAAAUUGAAAAAUUGCGAAGAGAGGUUUGUGUACCUGACAGUGACAAUGAUGAAGAGGAAGUUGAAAGUUUUGAGCAUGAUGUUUACAAAAAUGCUGAUUUUUGUUUGUCAUGUGCUAAGCAUGGGAAGAAAAUUGUUUAUCACCAUCCAUUGUUUGAGGGUAACAUGUGCAAUAGCUGUAAGGGCAAGCUGUUAGAGAGCCUUUAUGUGAUUGAUACAGAUGGUUAUUAUCUUUUCUGUUCUGUUUGUGGAGGGUCAGGUCAGUUGUAUGUCUGUGAAGAGAACGAUUGUGGCAGAACAUUCUGUGUAAGAUGUAUGAGACGUUAUCUGAGUAUAGACGCUCAGAAACUGGUACAAGAGAAAUCCCCUUGGACAUGUUUCCUGUGUAACCAGUAUAGUAUAGAGAGUCAUGGUGCACUGGUACCUAGGGCCGAUUGGGAAGAUGAACUUGUCAGAUUCUUCAAUCCAGAAUUCGAGCAGGUAACUGUGUCUCCAGUAUUGGAGAGUCAGUCUACGAGGAAAUUGAGAGUUCUUUCCCUUUUUGAUGGCAUGGGAUAUGUGAAGGUGGCACUGGAUCAGUUGCACUUGGACAUAGAGAAGUACUUUGCUGUUGAGAGUGAUGUAACUGGUAAACAAAUCAGCAACAAACAGUUUAAAUCUGAUAUUGUUGAAAUUGGAGAUUUUAAUACUAUAACAAGAGAAAAGCUAAAGGAGAUAUGCCCAAUAGAUCUGGUUGUAGCAAGACCUCCUACAGAAGAUCUUGAUAUUACAAAUAGGGACCAUGAAGGCUUUAAUGGAUCUGGGUGGAUGAUGUUCAAAGUGUUGGAUAUGUUAAAGACAAUCCAGCUGAUCUGUAAGGGUACCAACACUGUAUACUGGCUGGUCGAGACGACGGCAACAAUGAUGUCUGAGUACAAAACAGUACUGUCCAAUUUAUUUGAGAGGGAACCAUGUAUGUGGGAUGCACAGUUUUUCUCACCUAUCAUCCUGCCGAAGUAUUACUGGGGAAAUAUUCCCGCCCUGUACAGUUCAUUCCAGUUUUACAAAGCCAACAAGGGACAGGUUCCAAACCUAGAUUCAUACAUUAUGACACAUGUGCACAGAUCUGCUGAGGUGAAAAGGUUACGUGGUUGGGCAAUAGUUACUUAUGUUGAAAGAGUCAAAGAAGACCAGAAUGAUCCUGAUGAAGGAGUGUUUAGUGAUUCACCUGAUGACCGAUCUGAAUCCUUUGAAAGGAUACUAGAUUUGAACUUUGUUGGUAGCAAUGAGGAGGAGGCCUAUCCCGGAGGCAGGCAGGAGGAGGUCUUUGUUGGUAGCAGUCUGGUGGAUGACCUUGGUGGCAGUGACGACCUGGAGGAGAAGACCCAUGCUGGAAGAAGCCAGGAGGAGGUCUUUAUUGAUAGCAGUCUGGUGGAUGACCUUGGUGGUAGUGACCUAGAGGAGGAGACCCAUGCUGGAAGAAGCCAGGAGGAGGUCUUUGUUGAUAGCAGUCUGGUGGAUGACUUUGGUAGCAGUGGCCUAGAGGAGGAGGAGGAGGAAGAAAUCAUUAUUCCACCCUCUGUACCAAAGAUGAACAUUGAUGACAGCACAGUGUUUACUUUACCUGUGAAAAUGAAUGGAAAGGAUGUAGAGAUUUGGCCAACAGAAGUUGAAAAACUUCUCGGAUUACCAAUCCACUACACAGAUACUGGCAUAAGUUUUCGCAAGAGGCAAAAAGAACUGAUGAAAGCAUCAAGUAUUGAUGUGCUAAAACAUGUCCUCACUCCUCUCAAAGAAACAUUCUCACAGCAUUCUUAAAAAAAGUAAGAUAGUGAUAUAAAGCUGUGUGCAAAUCCCUAAUGGAUAUAUUGUUGAUUGCAAUAACUU